AAAAGCAUAUUCGAUCACACGAGAUGACAAAGCGAAUAUUUUGACAUUUCACGAAAGCGUCUGACGUUUGACGUUGACAUUUUGUUUGGUUGAAAAAUUGCUUCUCACUGUGCUAUUUUUCAGAAUUUUGUAUAAAAAUGGAAGAAAUUGGUAUUAUCUUGCCGGAAAAGGACGAUCCGAUCGUAGAUGCAAAAUGCAUAGCUUUUACUGGCCCCCAAACAUUCGAUGACUUGGAGUCUGAGGACCUGUACACAAAAUACAAGAAGCUACAGCGUAUGUUAGAAUUCUUAGAAGUUCAAGAAGAGUAUAUAAAAGAUGAACAAAGGAACCUGAAGAAGGAAUACCUCCAUGCACAGGAAGAAGUCAAAAGGAUCCAGUCGGUGCCACUAGUCAUCGGACAGUUCUUAGAAGCUGUUGACCAGAACACCGGCAUAGUGGGCAGCACAACGGGAUCCAACUACUAUGUCAGGAUUCUGUCAACAAUUGACAGGGAGCUGCUUAAACCCUCAGCAUCUGUAGCUCUUCACAAACACUCCAAUGCCCUUGUGGAUGUGCUGCCUCCGGAGGCUGACAGCUCCAUCUCUAUGCUGCAAGCUGACGAGAAGCCCGAUGUGCAAUACUCAGACAUCGGAGGCAUGGACACGCAGAAGCAGGAGAUCCGCGAGGCGGUGGAGCUGCCCCUGACCCAUGUGGAGUUGUACAGACAGAUUGGUAUCGAACCACCGCGGGGAGUGCUCAUGUACGGACCCCCCGGAUGCGGCAAGACCAUGCUGGCUAAGGCUGUUGCCCAUCAUACUACAGCGGCGUUCAUCCGCGUGGUGGGGUCGGAGUUCGUGCAGAAGUACCUGGGCGAGGGCCCGCGCAUGGUGCGCGACGUGUUCCGCCUCGCCAAGGAGAACAGCCCCGCCAUCAUCUUCAUCGACGAGAUCGACGCCAUCGCCACUAAGAGAUUCGACGCGCAAACGGGCGCGGACCGCGAGGUGCAGCGCAUCCUGCUCGAGCUGCUGAACCAGAUGGACGGCUUCGACCAGACCACCAACGUGAAGGUGAUCAUGGCCACCAACCGCGCCGACACGCUGGACCCCGCGCUGCUGCGCCCCGGCCGCCUGGACAGGAAGAUCGAGUUCCCGCUGCCUGACAGGCGUCAAAAGCGUCUGAUCUUCUCGACGAUCACGGCCAAGAUGAACCUGUCGGAGGAGGUGGACCUGGAGGAGUUCGUGGCGCGGCCGGACCGCGUGUCGGGGGCGGACAUCAACGCCAUCUGCCAGGAGGCCGGCAUGCAGGCCGUGCGGGAGAACAGGUACAUCGUUUUGCCGAAAGACUUCGAAAAGGGAUACAAAAACAACAUCAAGAAGGAUGAAAGCGAAUAUGAAUUCUACAAAUAAUUUUAUCUAGUUUAUUAUAUCUACUUAUGUAUUGUCUGGAACUAACGUACUUUUUCAAUAAAAGCGCCUAGAAAGUAAA